AUGAUUUCAAAAGAAAAACUUCAGGAUUUCAUGAAACUGAUAAAAACCGAAACUUCUGAUAACGCGAUGAAACUGCUUCUUAUCAUCCAGAAAGAGCGACCAGAGAAGCUAGAAAUUGCCACAACCUUGCCACGACUCUCCUGGAGCAGAAUACCAAGGCUGCGUUGGAUUCCGGGGUAUGUUCUACCUACAUGGAGUGUUUUAGAGUGGCUGAGUAGCUGUACCAUCCUUGCUUCACAGGCAUUCGGUGCGCCAUGGAUAGUUGUUCACAAAGAUGGAGAGGAGCACCCAUUCUUCGGAUCUGAUCGACUUCAUCUAAUAGCUCAUCUCAUUGGGCAAAAAUUUACCGAUGGUCUUGUACAAUACUCAAAACUAUGA